AUGUCACAGCGGCGCGGGAAUAGCGCAAUCGAGCUCUUUGAGGUCCACUUGGAGAAGCAGCACUACUUCGCAGGCGAGGUCGUCAGAGGCUGCGUGAGGCUCAAGACUUCGCAGCCAAUCUCAUGCCGCUGCGUGAAAUUUCGCAUCGCUGGCGAGGGCUUCAGCUUCUGGUGGGUCAUGAAAAGGGACGAAGAUGGCAACGCUGAGUACGAUCGGAUUUCGUGCUUCCAGUACUACUACAAGGAGACUCACACCCUGUGGGGUCCUUUCUAUCGCACGCCGGCCAUCGACGGCGCUGGCAAGAACUGCAUCUUUGGUUCGCCGCUCUCGCCCAAUGAGGGGAAGCUGCUCAUCACAUGCGAUGACGCCAGCAUGUCUCUGAUCAUUCGCGUCAUGGAUGAGGAUUGGCUCAGCAAGGAUGAUCUUCUCGGCGAGGUGAUGGUGCGAGACGUGGGCAAGCUCGUCGAGCAGGGGGGGGCGACCUUCGACCUCACCUUCAAGGGCAAGGAGACGAAAUCUACUCUCACCGUCAAGGCGUCGUGGCAACCAAACUCGACCCAGCCCCACCUCUUGAGCCUGGUGGCGGUGACUGCACUCGGCCUGCGCUCGGCCGACGGGAUCUUGAGCCGCAACGACGUGUACAUCCAGGCCUACCCAGUGCCUAAGGACUUUGAUCCAAACGCCGCCUCCUCUAGGGCCUCCUCUAAGGCCUCUAGAGGCUCGACGGGGCCGAUGUUGCCCGAGCCGGCCAAGCAGACGGUGCUGCCCCCAGGAGACUACACCUUUGAGCUGCCCGAGCUCAAGCUGCCGGAUCGCGCGCCCGGAAGCUUUGAGAUCAACACUUGCCGCUACCCGCGCUGGCAUAACCACGACUACGUGCAUUCCCACAUCCGGCAUCCAAUUACCGUCGCCUACUGGUCCCCGCCGCUGCCCGCUGACGAAAGCUUGCUGGAGGUAGGCGACCCGCACGUCGAGAAGAAGAUCAACGGCGACUGUUGCAUGGGCCUCCUUGAGAACAAGCUCUGCGGCACGCUGGGGUUGGUGGCGAUGGAGGGUGUCACGCUCUCACGAAACGGAGCGGCGCCCGGCGAGUGGGUCACUGUGAGCGGCACUUUCACAAACCUCCUCUCGGAGCGACAUUGCGACGUUGUCGUGCGGCUGGAGAGGCGCACAAAGCUGUUUGCUGAGGGGCGCACCCGCAGCAUCUACGCAGAGUGGGAGCUCCUUCGGGUCCGCAUCAACAACGGCGACGGCCCACUCACGCUGCAGGGGCAGCCGUUCCAAAUUCCAGUGUUGCCCGCGAGCUACCACGGCGGCGCAUUGCGCGACAAGGCGUGGGAGGAGGUCUGCAAGCAACAUGGCAUGUGGAAGGGCAACUCCUGGGCGAAGGUGGACCCGGUGACGUGGUGGUACAUUCUCGUGGUCGAGCUUGACGUGCCGAGGACCGCGUUUGAUCUCACGCGCAAGUUCCCUUUCACUGUCGCCAGCAUCCCGAGAGCGGUGCAGUACGACGCCACGGCGGUCGUGGAUGCCAUUCCAGACACGGUCAAGUCACCUCGCCCAUCACUGCCUGACGGCGCCGCCAUGGGCACCGGCGUGACGCAGACCAAGCCUCCUGAGGUACCCGUGGAACUUGUCACCGCUGUGCCCCUCGCAUCGCUAUACUCGAACGACGACGGCGCGCCGGCAACCGCAUUUGCAUGGGCAUCAAUGCCUGGCGUCGAAACUGUUGAGCACCGCAUGGAUUUUGAGAACGGCCGCGAUGCAAAUAACGAGGGCGCCGCAGCUUAUGCGCCUGUUUGGCCGGUUGCUGUUGAGGCGCGCGCUAUCUAG